UAAAACCUCGCUAAAACGGAACUUCGGUAAGACGGAAACCCCGGUAUUACGGAAUAUUUGUUUGGUCCCGUUUCAAAUUACAUAUAAUUUUAUCCCGCUAAGACGGAAACCUCGCCAAGCCGGAAACGGACACGUUUUUGUAAUGAAAGUUGAUGAAAACCCUCGCUAAGACGGAAAUAUAACACGAUUUUCGUGUAAUAAAUUUAUUUUCGUACUGUCGAUACCCAUAGAUAAUCGAUAUACGAGCGCGUACGAUGACAUUAAAAACUAAUAAAAUUGAUAUGUAUACACUACCUAUACAAUAUUAUUAUCUGAGUUGCUUGGUUCAGUAUCAAAUCGUAUAUCGUUACGUUCGUGUCGUUUGCGUCGUUGCGUUUUCCGUCUAUCGUUUAAAAUGUCGAAAAAAACAACUCUUACGCUAUCGGAUAAAAUAAAAUUAAUCGAGUUAAAGCAACAUGAAAAUCUUUCAGUGAAGGAACUUAUGGUGAAAUUUAAGUGUGGAAAAACGCAAGUUUAUGAGGCAAUAAAAAAUAAAGACAAACUAAUGGAACAGUGGGUGAGUUGUAAAAAUUCUGGUAAAAGUAAAAGAGUGGUGUCGGUGGGAUAUGAACAAGUUGAACGAGAUUUAUACAGGUGGUUCAUCAAUUGUCGGUCGAAAAGUUUGCCCAUCUCUGGACCUAUUAUACAAACAGAGGCCACUAAAUUAGCAGAAAAACUCGGAAUUAGUGAUUUUAAAGCUUCAAACGGUUGGCUUGACCGGUUCAAACGACGGCACAAUAUCGUCUGCAAAAAAAUCAAUGGAGAAGCAAAUGACGUAAAUCAAGAUACAGUUGAAAAUUGGAAACGCAAACUCUUAGUUCUCAUUAAAGGGUAUGAAGCUAAAGACAUUUAUAAUGCCGACGAAACUGGUCUUUUUUUUAGAGGGAUCCCUACCAAGUCUUUAGUAAUAAAGGGCGAUGCGUGUGUUGGUGGUAAAAAAUCUAAGGAUAGGUUAACUGUAUUAAUGUGUGGGAGCAUGGCAGGUGAAAUCAGGAAACCUCUUGUUAUAGGCAAAUCCAUGAAACCUCGUUGUUUUAAGAAUAUGAAUAUUGCUUUGUUACCUGUGACUUGGAAAUCUAACAAGAAGGCUUGGAUGACGGCUGAAAUAAUGGAACAGUGGUUGCAAUAUUUCAAUGCAGAUAUGCGAUCACAGAACAGAAAUAUUUUAUUAUUUUUGGACAAUGUGACAUGUCAUCCUUACAUUGAACUGUCUAACGUGAAAAUUCAUAUGCUACCCCCGAACACCACUUCGGUUUCUCAACCGAUGGACCAAGGAGUUAUUUACACCUUUAAGUCGUACUAUCGUAAAUUUAUGCUACAGUCGCUUGUGUGCAAAAUUGAUAGUUCUACUUCGGUUCACCAGCUUGCUACUUCGAUAACUGUGUUAGACGCUGUAAAUUGGAUUUCUUUAUCGUGCAAUAGUUUAAAAAAUGAAUGUGUACAAAAUUGUUUCCGUAAAGCUGGAUUCUUGAUUGAUGGAUUGGACGUGAAUCCCAAUGAGAAUGCCCUGACUGAAAUUCAAGAUAUCUUUGCUGCACUUGAUUUUGACCAAGAACAAUUUCUGCACAUUGAUGACCAACUUGAGACGCAGCAAACCCAUGAUUCGGCUAUAUCCAUGGUUGAGAAUGAAAGUGAAAAAGACGAAGACAACGACGAAAACCAAUAUGAAGAACCAGAAAAUAUGGUAAAAGAUUACAAAACUGCUAUCUGCUACCUCCAGGAACUACAAAAAUUUUCCCUCACAGUGUCUAACGGUGAGCUUUUGGAUUUGAUUUCGAGAGCCAAGGAGUGUGUGGAACGUGACGCCUUACAAAAUAAAAAGCAAAAAUCAAUAACCGAUUUUUUUCAAAAAAUAUAAUUAUGUAUUUAUUAAUGUAUACUGGCUAAAAAUAAAUACGUAAUAAAUAAAAUAUAUAGAUGAAUAAGUAUAAAUAUAAAAUUAAAUUAAAAAUAUAAAUUGUACGUAUUAUGUAUCAACUGGUUUAAAAUAAAUAUACAUAUAUGUAAUCUUUAAUUUUAUUAAAUUAAAUUUUUUGAACCCCGUCAAGACGGAAACCCCGUCAAGACGGAA